AAAAAAAAGUGCGUGAAACGAAAGACCGAAAAUUAUAAAACUACUUGUUAACAACGGUUUUUCCAAAAGGAAUUUGCAUUGAAUCAUCGCCGCCAUCAUGGGUGCUAUUUUAUCAAGGAAUAGAGAAAGCAGAGAUCAUUCCAGGAAUCUGCAUUUUAUGAAUGUAAUUCCAUGCCGGAACGUCUGCUGCAAAUGUAACAUUUCUUUUGAAACAAAGAUGAGUUUAGACCAGCACAUGCAAGAAAUCCAUGAUAAUGAUGCCGAAAUAUCUUACAUGUGUGAUUAUUGUAAUUCAAUCAGCAGGACUUGGUUCACGUUCCAACAACAUAUUUAUGUAUAUCAUAAGGACGUGGUAUUUUGUACUUAUUGCUAUAAAGCGUAUAGUGAUUAUUCAAGUUUAUUUCUGCACUGGAAAACGCAUGAACCGUUCGAGUGCGAGAUAUGUAACGAUACGUUUGGUAAUCCACAGAGUUUGAGGAGACACCGUGUUGCAUUACAUCGGAACACACUCCAACGAACGUUUUUCCGACGUUCUAGAACAUAA